AUGAUGUCCCAUCUUUCCUCUCGCGCUGGGGAGCAAAAAGCGAAAGACGCGGUUCAGGAAGCCUCCCAAGGAAAAGCAUCCUCUCAAGAUGCCCAGGACAUCAUGGCGGCCGAGUCAAAGAAGGCAGGCAUCCCAGCAAUGCAAUUCGAUCCAAAUGCUUCGCCAGAAGAAAAAGCUGCCCAAGCACGAUCCGACGACGGCACCCCAGAUCAGUAUGACUUGCCUCCACCAAGUAAAGAAGGCGCUGUUCCUCCCUCGCCCACAGUUGAUGGAAAGCCUGCCCAACUUGAUGGUCAUCUGAGCCACGACGACGCCGCAAGAUACGAGAAGACUGGGUGGGCGCCUAGAUUCGGGCAAGGUGAUUUGACUGAAGAGGAGGCCGGCGAGAGUCUGCUCGAUCAUCAAACGUAUCUAGAAGGACGCCUCGACGACAAAUUCUUCGGGGACUGGUAUCACAACGCUGCAGUCAUUGCCUUCGCAUGUAUCAGCUCAUGGGUUGUUGCUAUCCUAGGAGGUGGUCUGGGCUGGGUGUUUCUGAUAAUGGCCGCUUGUGGUACCUAUUAUCGUACCUCAAUACGUCGAGUUCGUCGCAACUUUCGCGAUGAUGUGAACCGGGAAAUGGCAAAAACUAAAUUGGAAACAGACACUGAAAGUCUUGAGUGGAUCAACAGUUUCUUGGUCAAAUUCUGGCCCAUCUACGCCCCGGUAUUGUGUGACACUAUCAUCAAUUCGGUGGAUCAGGUCCUCAGUACAACAACGCCAGCCUUUCUUGACAGUAUGAGAAUGAAAUUCUUCACGCUUGGCACGAAACCUCCUCGAAUGGAUCAUGUCAAGACUUACCCAAAAGCAGAGGACGAUACGGUCCUAAUGGAUUGGAAGUUCAGCUUCACCCCAAAUGACACAAUGGAUCUCACUGCUCGGCAGCUUAAGAACAAAAUCAAUCCCAAAGUUGUACUAGAGAUCAGAAUUGGUAAAGCCUUUGUCAGUAAAGGCAUGGAUAUCAUAGUUGAGGACUUUGCGUUCUCGGGUCUUAUGAGAGUCAAAGUCAAGCUGCAAAUACCAUUCCCGCACAUUGAAAAAGUAGAGAUCUGCUUCUUGGGUAGGCCUGAUAUCGACUAUGUUUGCAAACCAUUAGGCGGCGACACGCUUGGCUUCGACAUCAACUUUAUACCAGGCCUCGAAGGUUUUAUUAAGGAACAAAUUCAUGGCAAUCUUCAGCCUAUCAUGUACGAUCCGAACGUUUUUCCCAUUGAGAUCGCCAAAAUGCUCGCGGGUAACCCUAUCGAUCAAGCAAUUGGUGUCCUGGCGGUCACAAUACACGGAGCUCAUGGUCUUAAGAACCCCGAUAAAUUUGCCGGGACGCCUGAUCCUUACUCCACCGUCUCUCUCAACGGUCGUGACGCGCUUGCCAAAACAAAGACUAUAAAGGAAAAUGCAAAUCCUCGUUGGAAUGAGACACUUUACGUGAUCAUCACUAAUUUGACGGAUGCCCUCACACUUCAACUUUUCGAUUUCAAUGACUACAGGAAAGACAAAGAGCUCGGUACUGCGAGCUUCGCACUAGACCAAUUGGAAGCCGUCACAGAGCAUGAGAACCUGCAGCUCGAAGUCAUGGCGAACGGAAAAGCGCGAGGUGUAGUCCAGGCGGAUGUGCGCUACUUCCCAGUUCUGGAAGGGAGAACAUUAGAAGACGGCACCCAAGAGCCUGCACCAGAGUCAAAUACUGGUAUCGCCCGCUUCACCGUCGAGCAGGCUAAGGAUCUUGACGGCACGAAGAGUUUGAUUGGUCAACUCAAUCCGUAUGCAGCCUUGAUCCUCAAUGGCAAAGAGAUUCACCAAAGUCGAAAGUUGAAACGAACUAACAAUCCCAUAUGGGACAAUGGGUCUAAAGAAUUUCUUGUUACUGACCGUAAAAAGGCUAGACUUGGCCUCGUUGUCAAGGAUGAUCGCGAUCUCAGUCAAGAUCCAAUUCUCGGAACCUACCAGAUCAAGAUCGACGACAUGAUGAACCUUAUGGAGAAAGGCCAGGAGUGGUACAAUCUUGCUGGCGCAAAAACGGGUCGAGCAAAGAUGAUGCUUCAAUGGAAGCCCGUAGCUCUGACAGGAGCAGUUGGCUCGUCAGGCGGCUACAUCACCCCUAUAGGUGUCAUGCGUCUUCACUUCAUCAGCGCCAAUGAUCUUCGCAAUGUUGAGACGAUGGGCAAGUCUGAUCCUUAUGUGCGAGUGCUUCUAUCUAGCAUCGAGAAGGGCCGGACUGUCACGUUCCAAAACAACCUUAAUCCAGAUUGGGACGAAGUCAUAUACGUUCCCAUCCACACGGAGCGAGAAAGGCUUACCCUUGAGGUCAUGGACUCGGAGAAUAUGGGCAAAGAUCGAUCUUUAGGUUUGAUCGAGCUUGCUGCUUCAGAUUACAUGCACAAGGCAGAUAAUGGCGAAUAUGAAAUUCAUGACGAAAAGCGAAAGCAAUCUCAGCCACUUCGGAUGUCAGGCAAGGGUCAGGCAAAAGGAAGGCUCAACUUUACUGCUUCUUUCUUUCCUACUUUGAACGUAGCAGAUCCUGAAGACGAAGAAGCCGAGAAAAAGGUCCAAGAAGAAAUGGAGGGCAAGCCGUCGCAGGAUGGUAGACCAUCUACAGACAGCAAGCGUCCAAGUAUCGAAAAGACCCCUUCGAGGAAUGGUGACGCCGGUAGUUUCAAUACGACCUUAGCAAAGCAGAUGGCCACCAACGAAAAGGAACAAGAUGAGAAUCAAGCCGAGAUCAAAGAAGUACCCAAGCUCCGACUAUCUCCCGAAGAGCUCUUGAAACAUGAAUCGGGCUUAAUCGUUUUCCAACUUAUUGAGGGUACCUUAGCUCAUUCAAACGUUCGAGUGGAAGUCGUCAUGGAUGACAUGGUCUUUCCCUCCUAUUCUUCGUCGAAAGCACGCUCCAGGCAGACUCAAUUUGGCGAGACUGGUGAUGCUAUGGUCAGAGAACUUGAUGUGUCAAAAAUAACGCUUCGUUUGAUGGAGAAAGCUGACAAAAAAGGCGAGGGCGGUGAUGAAGACAUCAUCGCCAAGUUGCAAGGGCAGACAAUCGAUGUUUUGCAGCGAUGCCUUUAUAAACCCACUGAGUUCGUGCUAAAAGGCCAGGAGGGCGCAAUCAGUAAGAUCACCGUUAGCGCGAAAUACAUACCCGUCAAAAUGGACCUUGAUCCGAGCGAAAGCAUGAACAACAUGGGUACCCUACGCGUCGACGUUUUAGAUGGCGCUGACCUCCCAGCCGCUGAUCGAAAUGGAUACAGCGACCCUUAUUGCAAAUUCAACCUCAACGGGAAGGAUGUGUACAAAACAAAGAUUCAAAAGAAGACGUUACAUCCGUCAUGGAAUGAGUUCUUUGAAUGCCCGGUCAAAUCCAGGACCGCGGCCAACUUCAAGGUCAGUGUCAUGGACUGGGACUUUGGUGAUAAGGCAGACCUACUUGGUAGUGCAGCUAUCAACCUCGAGCUGCUUGAACCUUUCAAGCCGCAGGAAACGGUCCUUACGUUAGACGGCAAAUCUGGCGUUUUGCGCCUGAAAAUGCUCUUCAAGCCAGACUAUGUGACAAGAUCUCGGCAAGGCUCAUCGACCUUUUCCGGCACCUUCGAAACGCCAGGCAAAAUUGUGGGCGCACCAGCCAAAGGUGUAGGUAAGGUCGGCGGUGCCGUAGGUGGAGGUGUCUUGAAGGGAGCUUCAUUCGUACGUCGCGGCUUCAAAGGCAAAAAAGACACUAGUAGUGAAAGUAACGGGUUUGCGGAACCACCAAAGGAGGAAAUUCUGGUCAAUGGUGAAGCAGAAACCUCACAGCAGGACCACUCUUCGCCCAAACCUGAUCGCAGUCCCUCGACACCUCAGCACAAGCGCCACUCCAGCUUCGGAGCCGCAUCAAUCGCCAGCCGUGGCGACGCUACACCUUCAAAAGCUGAGUCCGGCACGGCUCAAUUCCUGGUAUCGUCCGUCUCCGGAUUCUCUGGCGCAGCCAAACUGCAAGUCCACGUCAAGCAGGUACAUGGCAAAGGUACGAAGGAAGUUCAUAAAACGAAAGGCGUAAAAUCUACCGACGGUUCAGCUGAAUUCAUAAACGAAAUGUUCAAAGUCUCAUGUACGCCAGAUACGCAAUUUCAGAUCCAGGUCAAAGACGACAAACUUCUCGGUGAUCGCGAGCUAGGUGAAGCUUUGUUCUUCGUGUCGGAUUCGGCGUCCACGGGACUGGAGAAGACUGUCAAGGUUGGAGAGGGAGAGGUUACUCUUACGACGACGUUCAUGCCUGCUGCUGAAGGUAGUCUUCUAGAGAGCCCAAAGAGCCGGCGGAGUUUCUUGAGUAAGAGGGAUAGGAACGUUAGUGGGCAGUCUGUACAGUAA